CUGAUAAAAUUAUAGCAGCAGCUAAUGGACAAGAUGAUAAUAAAUGCUUCUUUGUAGAUGGCCCUGGUGGAACAGGGAAAACUUUCUUAUAUCAAACACUAUGUUAUAUUAUGAAUGGACUUGGAAUUGAAAUACUUACUGAUGAAAUAGAAUUUGCACAAUGGCUAUUUAAUCUUGAAAAUAGAACUCUUCCAACAAUUAAUGAAGAAAUAGAAGUUCUGCAACAAUAUAUAUCAACUAAAAGCCUAAUAAUGGAUGUUUUUGACAAUGUUUUAGAAAAUGAAGAUGAAACAUCUUUAAUUUCAACUGUAAUUCUUUGUACAACAAACAAAAUUAGCCUUGAUAUAUAUAAUAAAGUAAUUCAAAAAAUGCAUGGACAAGAAAAAGUAUACCUAAGUAUUGACAAGAUAAUUUGUGACCAUAAUGAAGACCCAACAGAAUUUCCAGAGAAGUUUUUGUACUCUCUUACUCCUAAUGGACUACCACCACACCAAUUAAUACUUAAACAAGGUGCUGUGGUAAUGUUAUUACAAAAUUUAGAUGUUAAUGAAGGCCUAUGUAAUGGUGUAAGAAUGAUUAUACGACGAAUGCAUGAUCAUGUCUUAGAUUGUGAGCUUAUGACUGGAAAUGUUGCUGGACGAAGAGUUUUGAUACCAAGAAUCAAGCUUCAGCCUACUGAUGAUUUUUUACCUUUUCAUUAA